AUGAAUGCUUCAUUGCCAACCAACUUGCCACGCCCUGACUCGCCAGAAUCCGAUGAUAGCUUCGACACAGAAAUCGACCAAUAUGUCUCGAAACCGCUAGAUGAAGACGCUGUCCGCGAGAUGGACAUCAAGUUUCGCGUUUUGAAAGGAAUUCUAGAGGAGUAUGCGGCGUGGUGUGAGGCUCGAAUCGACCCGAAAGUCAUGAUGUACUUUGUGCACAAAUUUCACACCGAGUGCGCCCUGUACAUGCGGGAACACCAUGGAAUUGAGGUCAAUGUUCGGCGAUACGAGAAUGAGCUCAUUCGUCGUACGGAGAGCCCAAAAUGGACGGACGCGCAAAAGCUCAAGCGCAACGUACUGCAAAUACGGAAAUCGAAGUCGACAAAGAAGAAAAUUUGUGCGCAAAAGGUCGGAGAUGUGUUCAACGAGUUGUUGGCUGAGGAAGAGGAAAGAGUCCUAGAGGAAUUGCUAAAGAGAGCUACAACGAGUCAAGAAGCCAGGAAAAGUCAAACUUCCGGGUUUUACUAU